AUGAACAAGUCAUCCCAUGUGGUCAGUGGCCCGAGGACGUUUUGCUUCGUGAGAGAUAUUCCAGAGUUCUUGGAGACCAUCUAUCGUCUGUCCUUCUCAUUAUAUGACCGACCCAUCCAUGUUUUGCCUCAGGGACGUAUUCCGCUGGAUCAAGAACGAGAUAUUGAUCUCAUAUUUGGACUGCGAAAUCCGACGAGAUGUGAGUGCGACGGGUGUACUUCAGAAGACGUCGUACCAGCGCUCUGUGCUGAUGUGCUCUGUGCUGCUUCUUUGGAGGGUCUUCGACGUAGCCACUGA